UGAACAGAAGUUUAUUAAAUACUGAUAGGCCAGUGAAGAUGCAAUAAAACUUUAUGAGUAGCUUAAUAUAUAGCUGAGCAGUUUCCUUGAUCAUUACUUUGGCAGUCUUACUUAACUCUGGUACAACUUAGCAAACAGAACAGGCUAUGAAAUAAGAUGGCAAAGAAGAAAUUUACUGGAUUAGAAAUCUCUCUGAUUGUCCUUUUUGUUAUAGUUACUAUAAUAGCUAUUGCCCUAAUUGCUGUUUUAGCAACUAAGACACCUGCUGUUGAAGGUAACUAAUGUUAAAGAUACUUACACAUUAUAGUGAAGUUAAAAAAAAAUUUACCCCUUAAUAGUUACGGAUUUUUAAAAGUAAAUCUGCAUGAGAUGAAACAUGUGAAGAAAGAUCUCAACAAUUAGUAAUUCUACUUCAACUCCACCUACCACUCGUACAACCACUGUGUAUCCUGGUUCAGGAAAAUGUCCAAGCGAGCUAAAUGAUCCUAUCAAUGAGAGAAUAAACUGCAUUCCAGAACAAUUUCCAACACAGGCAGUUUGUGCAAUGCGAGGUUGCUGCUGGAAGCCAUGGAAUAACUCUAUUAUUCCUUGGUGCUUCUUCGUAGAUAACCAUGGUUAUAAUGUUGGACAACUGACAGCAACAAGUACUGGACUUGAAGCCACAUUAAACAGGAUAUCUUCACCUACAUUGUUUGGAAAUGACAUUACCCGUGUUCUCUUCACAACUCAAAACCAAACAGCCAAUCGUUUCCGGUUUAAGAUUACUGAUCCAAAUAACAAAAGAUAUGAAGUCCCUCACCAGUUUGUAAAAGAAUUUACUGGAACUGCAGCUUCUAAUACAUUGUAUGAUGUACAGGUUAUAAAUAAUCCAUUCAGCAUCAAAGUCAUUAGAAAAAGCAAUGGGAGAAUUUUAUUUGAUACCAGCAUUGGUCCCCUGGUUUACUCUGACCAGUAUUUACAGAUCUCAACCAAACUUCCUAGUGAAUAUAUGUAUGGUAUUGGGGAACAUAUUCAUAAGAGAUUUCGUCAUGAUUUAAACUGGAAAACAUGGCCAAUUUUUACCCGGGAUCAACUUCCUGGUGAUAAUAAUAAUAAUUUAUAUGGCCAUCAUACAUUCUUCAUGUGUAUUGAAGACGAGACUGGAAAAUCAUUUGGUGUUUUCUUAAUGAACAGCAAUGCAAUGGAAAUUUUCAUCCAGCCUACUCCAGUAGUAACUUACAGAGUUACUGGUGGAAUUCUGGACUUUUACAUCUUUCUAGGAGAUACACCAGAACAGGUAGUUCAACAGUAUCAAGAGCUCAUUGGACGACCAGCAAUGCCAGCCUAUUGGAGUCUUGGAUUCCAACUGAGUCGCUGGAAUUAUAAGUCACUUGAUGUAGUGAAAGAAGUGGUAAAAAGAAAUAGAGAUGCUGGCAUACCAUUUGAUACACAAGUCACUGAUGUUGACUAUAUGGAAGCCAAGAAAGAUUUUACUUAUGACAAAGUUGCAUUUCAGGGGCUCCCUGAAUUUGUUCAAGAUUUACAUGACCAUGGACAGAAAUAUGUCAUCAUCUUGGACCCUGCAAUUUCCAUAGAUAAGCUUGCCAAUGGAGCAGCAUAUGAAACCUAUGACAGGGGAAAUGCAAAAAAUGUGUGGGUAAAUGAUUCAGAUGGGACUACAGCAAUUAUUGGAGAGGUAUGGCCAGGAUUAACAGUAUUCCCUGACUUUACUAAUCCAAACUGCAUAGAUUGGUGGGCAAAUGAAUGCAGCAUUUUCUAUCAAGAAGUGAAAUAUGAUGGACUUUGGAUUGACAUGAAUGAAGUUUCCAGCUUUAUUCAAGGUUCACAGAAAGGAUGCAAUAACAACAAACUGAAUUAUCCACCUUUUACUCCUGAUAUUCUUGACAAACUCCUGUAUUCCAAAACUAUUUGCAUGGAUGCUGUGCAGUACUGGGGGAAGCAGUAUGAUGUUCACAGCCUCUAUGGGUACAGCAUGGCUAUAGCCACAGAGAAAGCUGUAGAAAAAGUUUUUCCUAGUAAGAGAAGCUUUAUUCUCACCCGGUCAACUUUUGCUGGAUCUGGGCACUAUGCUGCACACUGGUUAGGAGACAAUACUGCUUCAUGGGAACAAAUGGAAUGGUCUAUUGCAGGAAUGCUGGAGUUCAGUUUGUUUGGAAUGCCUUUGGUUGGAGCAGACAUCUGUGGAUUUGUGGUUAACACCACAGAAGAGCUUUGCAGAAGGUGGAUGCAACUUGGGGCAUUUUAUCCAUUUUCCAGGAACCAUAAUGCUGAUGGAUAUGAGCAUCAGGAUCCAGCAUUUUUUGGCCAGAAUUCCCUUUUGGUUAAUUCAUCAAGGCACUAUUUGAAUAUUCGCUAUACCUUAUUACCUUUCCUCUAUACUCUGUUUUACAAAGCCCAUGUGUUUGGAGAAACGGUAGCAAGGCCUGUUCUUCAUGAGUUUUAUGAUGACAGAGAAAGCUGGAUUGAGGACACUCAGUUCUUAUGGGGCCCUGCGUUACUUAUUACUCCCGUCUUAAAAGAGGGAACAGAUACAGUGAGUGCAUACAUCCCUAAUGCUACUUGGUAUGAUUAUGAAACUGGUGCAAAAAGGCCAUGGAAAAAACAGCGUGUUAAUAUGUAUCUUCCGGGCGACAAAAUAGGAUUACAUCUUAGAGGAGGUUAUAUUAUCCCCAUUCAGCAACCUGCUGUAACUACAACUGCAAGCCGAAAGAACCCUCUAGGACUUAUAGUUGCAUUGGAUGACAAUAACAUAGCAAAAGGGGACUUUUUCUGGGAUGAUGGAGAAACUAAGAAUACUGUACAAAAUGGCAAUUACAUUUUAUAUACUUUUUCAGUUUCCAAUAACAAAUUAGAUAUUAUAUGCACACAUUCAUCAUACCAGGAAGGAACCACUUUAGCAUUUGAGACUAUAAAAAUCCUUGGGUUGAUAGAUUCUGUUACACAAGUUACAGUGGUGGAAAAUAAUCAGCCAAUGAAGAAUCACUACAAUUUUACUUAUACUGCUUCCAACCAGAGUCUCCUAAUUUACAAUCUCAAGUUGAACCUUGGAGGAAACUUUACUGUUCAGUGGAAUCAAAAUUUCUCAGAAAAUGAAAAGUUUAAUUGUUACCCAGAUGCAGACACUGCAACUAAAGAAAAAUGUGAAGCACGUGGCUGUUUAUGGGAAACGUCUUUUAGCUCCAAAGCACCAGAGUGUUACUUUCCUAGACAAUCCAACCCAUAUUUAGUCCGUUCAACUCAGUAUUCAUCAAUGGGUAUAACAACUGACCUGCAACUUAAUCCUACAAGUGCUCGAAUAAAGCUACCUUCUGAACCCAUCUCAACUCUUCGUGUGGAAGUGAAAUAUCACAAAAAUGAUAUGCUGCAGUUUAAGAUUUAUGAUCCCCAAACAAAGAGAUAUGAAGUUCCAAUACCUUUAAACAUUCCAGAUGUGCCAACAAGUACCUAUGAAAAUAGGCUUUAUGAUGUUGAAAUCAGAGAAAAUCCUUUUGGCAUCCAGGUUCGAAGAAGAAGCACAGGAAGAGUUAUUUGGGAUUCUCAGCUGCCAGGAUUUGCUUUUAAUGACCAGUUUAUUCAAAUAUCUACUCGCCUGCCAUCAGAAUAUAUAUAUGGUUUUGGGGAAGUGGAACAUACAGCAUUUAAGAGAGACCUGAACUGGAAUACCUGGGGAAUGUUCACAAGAGACCAACCCCCUGGUUAUAAACUUAAUUCCUAUGGAUUUCAUCCCUAUUACAUGGCUCUGGAAGACGAAGGCUAUGCUCAUGGAGUUUUAUUACUUAACAGCAAUGCAAUGGAUGUUACAUUUCAGCCAACUCCUGCUCUAACUUACCGUGUGAUUGGAGGAAUCUUGGACUUUUAUAUGUUUUUGGGCCCAACUCCAGAAGUUGCAACAAAGCAAUACCAUGAAGUAAUUGGCCGACCAGUCAUGCCACCUUACUGGGCUUUGGGAUUCCAAAUAUGUCGUUAUGGGUACAGAAAUACUUCACAAGUUCAGCAAGUAUAUGAUGAGAUGGUGGCUGCUCAGAUCCCCUAUGAUGUUCAGUAUACAGACAUUGAUUACAUGGAAAGGCAACUAGACUUUACAAUUGAUGAAAACUUCCGUGACCUUCCUGCGUUUGUUGACAAAAUAAGACAGGAAGGAAUGAGAUACAUUAUUAUCCUGGAUCCAGCAAUUUCAGGAAAUGAAACAAAGUAUUACUCCGCAUUUGAAAGAGGACAGGAGAAAGAUGUUUUUGUCAAAUGGCCUAACACCAAUGAUAUUUGUUGGGCGAAGGUUUGGCCAGAUUUGCCCAAUAUAACAAUAGAUGAGAGUCUAACUGAAGAUGAAGCUGUGAAUGCUUCCAGAGCUCAUGUAGCUUUUCCAGACUUUUUCAGGAAUUCCACAGCAGAGUGGUGGGCAACAGAAAUUAUAGAUUUCUACAAUAACCAGAUGAAGUUUGAUGGCUUGUGGAUUGAUAUGAAUGAACCAUCAAGUUUUGUACAUGGAACAGUUUCUAAUCAAUGCAGGAACACAGAGUUAAAUUAUCCACCUUAUCUCCCAGAACUCACAAAAAGAACUAGUGGAUUACAUUUCAGAACUAUGUGUAUGGAAACCGAGCAGAUUCUUAGUGAUGGAUCAUCUGUUUUGCAUUACAAUGUUCACAAUCUAUAUGGAUGGUCACAAAUGAAACCUAGUUAUGAUGCAUUACAGAAGACAACUGGCAAAAGAGGAAUUGUUAUUUCUCGCUCCACCUAUCCUUCUGGUGGACGAUGGGGAGGACAUUGGCUUGGAGACAAUUAUGCAAAAUGGGACAAUCUGGACAAAUCAAUCAUUGGUAUGAUGGAAUUUAGUCUCUUUGGAAUCUCAUAUACUGGAGCAGAUAUCUGUGGUUUCUUCAACAAUUCAGAAUAUGAGCUCUGUGCCCGCUGGAUGCAACUUGGAGCAUUUUAUCCAUACUCAAGAAAUCACAACAUUGCAAAUACUAGGAGACAAGAUCCUGCUUCCUGGAAUUCAACUUUUUCUGAAAUGUCAAGGAAUAUUCUAAAUAUUAGAUAUACUUUAUUGCCCUAUUUCUAUACACAGAUGCAUGAAAUUCAUGUUAAUGGUGGCACUGUUAUUCGACCCCUUUUGCAUGAGUUCUUUAACGACAGGAUAACCUGGGAUAUAUUCAAGCAGUUCUUGUGGGGUCCUGCAUUUAUGGUCACCCCUGUAUUGGAGCCUCAUGCUAACACUGUACAAGGCUACGUCCCUGAUGCCCGGUGGUUUGAUUAUCAUACGGGUCAAGAUAUUGGUGUCAAAGGAUUUGUUUUAUUUAAUGCUCCUUUAAAUACAAUAAACCUACAUGUCCGUGGUGGUCAUAUCCUACCAUGUCAAGAGCCUGCUCAAAACACAUUUCACAGCCGACAAAAUUACAUGAAGCUCAUUGUUGCUGCAGAUGUUAACCAGAGGGCACAGGGGUCUCUGUUUUGGGAUGACGGAGAGAGUAUAGAUUCCUAUGAAAGAGGCUUCUAUUUCUCGGCACAAUUUAAUUUAAACAAUAAUACCUUGACAAGCACUAUAUUGCAAAAUGGUUACAUAAACAAAGAUGAAAUGAGGCUUGGGUUCAUCAUCAUAUGGGGGAAAGGAAAGACUCCUGUUACUGGGGUUAAUCUCAUAUAUAAUGGAAAUACAGAAGCAGUUAAAUUUAUUCAAGAAGCAGACAAGGAGAUAUUAAAUAUUGAUCUGACAGUGAAUAAUGUUACUCUAGAUGAACCAUUUCAAAUCAUCUGGUCAUGAAGAUCACCAUCAAUUCCAGUUGUCAAAGGGAAAUUAGCACCUGGAUUUAAGUUUCACUGUACUUAUAGUUUUCCCUUUUUGAUGAUUUCUUAUAUUGUGUAAAAUAUGAUUUUCAUAAUAUCUAUCUAAAGUUAUCCCACAGUGUACAAUAAUAUUAAAACUAAUUUUUUAUAUUAA